AUGAAUUCAAUGUUCUUAGGACACUGUCAGUCAGAGGAUGGUUUCAUUGGAACAGAAGCUAGUUACAACAAUGAUGCGACACCACCACACCAGCCUUUAGUGAUACAGCAACAGAACUCCGUCCCCAGAGAGUCAGCUGCAUAUGUAGUUGUAAAUCAACCACAAAGAACUGUUGCAAUGAUAUAUCCAAGGCGACAUACUAAUUACACGAUACCGUCUAUACUUGCAUGUCUGUUUUGCUGUUGGCCUUUAGGUUUGGCUGCUGUCAUUCAUGCAAAUAAGGCAAAUGAACGUGCGGCAGUGGGUGACUACGAGAGAGCUGAAAGGUCGGCAAUUCAGGCUAGGAACCUAUUGAUAACCAGCAUUAUCGUCGGUAUCGUUGUCACAGCAUUUUAUAUCAUUAUAUAUGUUGCACAAUUUAACGCUGCACAACAGAAAUUACAGCAGUUACAGAAAUAAAUGUGUUAUAUGAUAAGAGAUAUAAUUAAGAUUUUCUAAACUCCUACUGGUGAUACGCUGCACACAAGUUUUCAUAACGAUAAAACAAUGAAAAGAAUUUUUGUAUAUAGUUACAUUAUAUAUGUUAUACUGUGUUGUAUCAUAAAAGAAAGUUGGUAGUGUUGCAUUUUAUUUUUCUGAUUCAUAUUCUUCAGUGCAUUUAUUUCAAAAUGAGUUGUGUUUUUUUUUAGAUCAGAGCAUAUAUUUCUUUUGCUUUAACCUUGCAAAUUUAUGUAAAUAAAAGUGAAGUUCG